AUGAGCCAACAAUCACAGCCAGGAGGAGUUCAAUACAAUACCGGAAGGUGUAAAGAACAUUCUUGUAGUUGUCAAAACUUUUAUGGAGAUAAUAAUAAUCCAAACAUAUGCGUUCAUUGUAAACAUGAUUUCGUGCCAGAUCAUCCUAAUUAUCGGAAUAAGUACCUCGAAAACCAGAUGCAUUCGUCAAUUGAACUUCAUACAGACCAUCAAGACCAUAUGAAUCAAAUGCAUCAACCAGUGCGAGAACAACCACCUCCAAAUACUAUAUGGUUUUACAAUCGCAACGAAGAAUAUUAUGAGUUUACUAAUUUCAAAGAAGGUUUUCCAAUUAAUAUCUCAAUGGGUGAAAUUAGCACCAAUUACAGGGAUUUUUAUGAAGUAAAAUCAUGGUCCACAAGCGAGCAUCUUUUCCAAGCUGCAAAGUUUAAGGAAAGUCACCCAGAAAUCGUUGAACAAAUUAGAAAAUGUCGUUCUCCCAGGGAUGCAUUAAAUCUAGCCAGAAUUAACCAACAUUUGGUGGAUCCGAAUUGGCAAGAUAUCAACGUAGGAGUUAUGAAAUGGGCAGUAAAAGCUAAAUUUAUACAAAAUCGUAGAUUAGCAGAAAGGUUGUUGUCGACGGGUGACAAAAAACUUGUAGAACAUACAAAUAUAGAUAAAUUUUGGGGUGAUGGAGGCGAUGGGAGUGGACUUAAUUGGCUUGGAAAUAUUUUAAUGGAAGUUAGAAAUGAAUUGAAAACCGAACUUCAGUAUCUUCCACCGUCAUCGAAUUUGCCACACA